AUGCGUAAUCGCGCAGAUCAAAAACAAACACACAUCAAUAUGGAGUUCAGUCUAAGUAGUAACUUCAAUAAUUUUGAAGUCGACAAGUCGUAUUCGGUGGAUUUUCCAGAUGUGGACUCUAAGCUUGAAUCAGUAACAGAGGUGUUAGCUGCCAACCCUGACAAUAUCAACUUCAAUUCGGAACUACUUGAUGAGCUUAUGGAACUUGUACACGGAUACAAAACGUUGAAUGAAAAGCAUCAGAAACAAGUAGUGUACUUAAUUGCAUCAUCUUCAAACACGAUUUCCCAUCAAAUAGCUGGUGCUGUUCAAAAUGGCGAUUUUGUGGACGCUGCUGAUAACUUCAAAGCUAGCCUUGAAAAAUACGGUUAUCUCAUUUAUGUUUUACUUGUCUAUUUGGGCAAAGAAGACCACAGCCGAGCUUUUGCCAGCAAACUGAAACAUGGAAAUUCUGAAGCUCAUCGAUUGUGGAAAGCCAAUUGUGCCCUUGUUGAAGAAUUGUUGGAAUGUAUUCAUAAUGUCUUGAAAAUCGAUCUCACAAGAAUAUUCAUAACAACUCCGGAACGCGAUCGGUUCAUUGAAUUGUUUACGAGGCCCAUCUUUCGCUUAAUGGAAGUAGCAGAAAGGAUGAAAAUCACUCCACUUAAACUAUUAAUGUUCCGAGACCUUGCAGUGGCAGUCAAAUUUCAUGGCCAAUCUCUUAACGUCCAAAGUGCUAUCAUCCAAUGUCUCACCUACUACAUACAUCUUCCACAGUACAUGGCAGAGUUUUUACACGUUCUAGAUGAACUGUAUGAUCACAACGGAUUAACAGAAGAGGUUCUUCGUGAGAUCUCACAAAUCGAAUUCAACUCAAAUGAUAACAACGGACCCAAGUCAAUCUCAGAGUUUUUGAUUAAACUCUCUGAGUCGAGUCCAAGACUCAUCCUAAAACAGAUGUCUUGUAUCGCUCAGCUUUUGGAUAACUCCAACUACACUCUCCGUUGUUCCGUGGUAGAGACUUGUGGAAAUAUUGUCGUGGAUGUUGCGAAGAAGGGCCGCCAAAAUGACGACGAAAGUGGCAGGAACACUGAUGUCCAUAUUGAUGGCCUUGUUGACCUCCUUCAAGAACGUUUCCUAGACCAAAACCCAUAUGUUAGAACAAAGGCCAUUCAAGCCUUUGUCAAAAUCUUCAACAUGCCAUCGCAAUUCAAUGAAAGGCGUCAAAAAAUCAUGGAGCUUCUGGUACGUUCACUUGAUGAUCGAAGUACUUUGGUGAGAAGGAACGCUAUAAAGCUCAUGUCGAAGUUGGUCUUGACUCAUCCUUUUGCUGCUCUUCAUGGAACCCAACUUUCCUACAAGUUCUGGUUAUCUCGUUAUGAAAGUGCCAAAGCAUAUUUGAAAGACUUAUUAGAAAGGGAGGGGCAUUUGGCUCCCAUAAAUGAAGAUGUCAACUCUGAGCACGAUGAAGACGACGGCGAUGUUUCCAUGGAAGAAGAUAAUCCUGACGAUGAAGAGGAUCAGGAAAGUGAAGAUGGCUCCGAUGCCGAUGGAGAAGCUAACAGCCCACGUGUGGACUCAGAGAACGAUCACAGUGGUAGCAAUCCCAUCUUGCAAGAUUCGAAUGCGUUGAUUAAAGCAAGGCUCACUCUCAAGUACUAUGAAGAUGCAAUUGCAUUCAUUGAAGCCAUCCAUGCCGGCGUGGAUAUUAUUUCGAGACUACUUUACUCGAAGAAUCGAAACGAAGUCCUUGAAUCGAUGGACUUCUUGGUACUUGCUGACGCUUAUGACAUUCAAAAUGCUUCCGAGGGAAUUAGAAAGAUGUUACACUUGGUAUGGAUGAAGGGAUCAUCGGACGAAGGUAAAUCGAUCUCGGCACAUUUGAUAGAUUGUUAUCAGCAACUAUUUUUAUCUCCUCGAGAAGAUUCUAGCAGAGCCGAACAAGCAGCUUACAUCGCCAAGAACUUGGUGAGUUUAACUCACGCAGCCUCCAUUGCAGAUUUGGCAUCGUUGGAAAAACUUUUGUGUCUCAUGUAUGAGAACAAAUUAGUUCAUCCCGAUGUACUUCAAGUCUUAUGGCAGAUUUACAACUUUAAAGGCGAAUCGACCGAAUUUUCGCAGAAACAGAGACGAGGUGCAGUUAUUGUACUAGGCAUGUUUGCGUUGGGCAACAGUCAGAUCGCUGCUGAUGGUUUGGACUCGUUGUUGACCAUUGGACUAGGUGAACUCGGAAAGAAGGACAUGUCGCUUGCUCGGUACACCUGUAUAGCACUUCAGCGCUUAGUGGAGCCUAAUGACAAGGAACCACGAACAGUUCGUAUCAAGCGGGAAGACGAGAUCGUUGAGAAACUAAGUUCUGUGCUUCUUGAAUUCAACGAAGAUGGCGAGUGGUUUAGUGUUGCCGAGCAAGCUAUUGGUGCACUCUUUACGAUUUCUGACAAACCAGACGAGAUUUGCUCAACCAUUUUAAAGGAGAAGACAGCUCACGUCUUCGGUGAUGACUCUUCAAAUCAGAUCAAUUCAUUGUCCCAACUUUUGUUCAUGGUGGGGCAUGUUUCCAUCAAAACUAUCGUUUAUUUAGAAAAUUUGGAGGGUCAGUUCAAAAAGAGAAAGCAAGCUGUGGAGUCAGGAGCCACUAAGGAAGCAGCCGAGAAAGACGGUGGUGAAGAUAACGAACUUGAGAUGAUCGGUGGUACUUCUGAAGAUGAUUUCGCCGAUGCUGUUCUUUACAUUAAAGAAAAGGAACUACUUUAUGGUGAAAAUUCACUCCUUGCAAAGUUUGGCAACUUGGUACGUGAGAUAUGUUCAAAGAGCAAAAACUACCAGCAUCAAGGCUUACAAAGAUCUGCCACUUUAUGUCUCGUCAAACUCAUGUGCAUUUCAUCACGCUAUUGCGAACAAAACUUACCCUUGUUGAUAACGAUUAUGGAGAAGUCGCCCGAUCCUAUCAUUCGAUGCAAUUGCGUUUUGGGCUUAGGAGAUAUGGCAGUUUGCUUUAAUAAUCUUGUUGACGAAAACACAGACUUCUUGUAUCGAAGACUCAACGAUAAGAGUAUCAUGGUUCAAAGAACAUGUCUCAUGACAGUCACUUUCUUGAUUUUGGCUGGCCAGGUGAAGGUGAAAGGCCAGUUGUCUUCAAUGGCAAAGUGCUUGGAGAACCCUGACCAAGGAAUCAGCGAUAUGUGUCGUUUGUUCUUUAGUGAGCUUGCAACAAAGGAUAACGCCAUUUACAAUGGUUUCAUAGAUAUUUUCAGCGGGCUUCUGAACGACGAGACAUUGUCAAAGGACUCGAUGAAGAGAGUUGUCAAGUUCCUCGUUGGGUUCAUUGAGAAGGAGAGACAACAGAAACAACUUGCUGAAAAGUUACUAGUACGGUUAACAAAGUGCCUGGAUGAACAACAGUGGAACGACGUUGCGUUUGUUCUUGCAACAAUUCCGUACAAGAGUGAAGCCAUUACUCAAGCACUCGAUGGAGGCUACAAAAUUGUUCUGGCAAGGCAGUAG